GGUAUAUUCUGGAUAGUUUGAGAUUGCCAAAUCAAGCAAUAUAUUAAGGCUGGUAAAGAAUGCAAUGUCUUCCUGCUUAUGGUUAAGGCCUAAAAAAAGUUCACACAAACUUAGAUUAUAUAAAAAAUAAUUUUUUUUCUAAAAUUGUAAACUCUUAGAAAUAAAGACUCCUUCACAAAAUCUAACAAUAUGAAAAAAGAACAAGAAAGAUCUUUUCCCAGUGAAAGAACCCUCUAAUAAUCAGUUCAAAUUGAUUAGGCAUUUCUUUUUUAGCAUUUAGCAAUUCACUGAAAAUCUACAAAAAUAUUAGAAAUUCUCCCAGACUGUAUAUCUUUUCCCCUAACACAUAUAAAAUCUAAAAGGAAGGAGCUAAAAAGAAAAAGAGUUUUAGAGGGCACUAAUCAUUUAAACAACAUAAGAGAACUAAACGGGAGACUGGAAAGUGGGAUUCCUCUCAAAUAGAAAGAAUGGAGGGCCAUCCUGUGUAAAUAGCUCACACUCAAGGAGGAAGGACAUUCACUCUGCAAAGGGCUGAAGGCUCAGCUUCAGCAUCUACUAGCAGAACAGGUAGCCCUGUGCCUGUUUUCAUCAUGACCUGCUGGUGCCUCCUCCAGAUGGCUCUCCUGCUGUGUUUCUCCACCACAGCUCUCUCCAUGAACUACAGCUUGCUUCGAUUCCAGCAAAGGAGGAGCGUUGCGGUGUGUCAGAAGCUCCUGCAGCAGUUACCUUCAACUCCUCAACAUUGCCUCGAGGUCAGGAUGGACUUCCAGGUCCCUGAGGAGAUGAGGCAAGCACAGCGGUUCCGGAAGGAAGAUGCCGUAUCGGUCAUCUAUGAGAUGCUCCAGCAGAUCUUCAGUAUUCUCACCAGAGACUUCUCCAGCACUGGCUGGUCUGAGACCGUCAUUGAGGACCUCCUUGUGGAACUCCAUGAGCAGAUGGAUCAUCUGGAGCCAAUCCAGAAGGAAAUCAUGCAGAAGAAAACCUUCACUGUGGGAGACAUGACGGUUCUUCACCUGAAGAAAUACAACCUCGUGCAGUACCUGACGUCCAUGGAGUACAACAGCUGUGCCUGGAUAGUUGUGAGAGCAGAAAUGCUCAAGAACUUUUCUUUCCUGAAGAGCCUAACAGGAUACCUCCAAGACUGAACAUCUCCCACCUGUGGCUCUGGCAGUGGACAAUGUGAAGUUGACAUGAGACUCUUCAGCCAGCAGAGGCUCUUGAGAUAACUGACAAUGCAAUGCACUGGAUUUCAAUGGACAGGUAAAGACUGUAAGCUAUUUUAAAAUUGAUUUAUGCAUUAUUUAUUUCUUUAAACUUUUAUAUGGGAAAUACACUAUUUAUAAAACAAAAGUCAACGUGACAGUUUCCAUGUCAACUUGAUUUAUGUGACAACACAUAUGAAUAAUUGCAGAGCACCCUGGAGACAUUUACUGCAAAACAAGCCUGCAGAAUACUAGUUUUCUGGCCCCUGCCUUUG